GCGGUGCGGGAUGGAGCUGCGGGGGUACCAGCGGGAGGCGGUGGCCCCGGCUUUACGUGGCCGAAACAGCAUCGUCUGGUUGCCCACGGGGGCUGGCAAGACCCGCGCCGCCGUCCACGUCUGUCGGCAGCACCUGGAGAACCGGCGGGGUGGCAGGGUGGCCGUGCUGGUCAACAAGGUGCACCUGGUGGACCAACACGCCAAGAAGGAGUUCCAUGUGCUGCAGAAGGACUUCAGGGUGACGGCCAUCAGCGGGGACACCAGCCAAAAGUCCUUCUUCGCCAUCAUGGUGAAGGAGAGCGACGUCGUCAUCUGCACGGCCCAGAUCCUGCAGAACGCGCUGGCCAGCGGGGACGAGGACAUGCGUGUGGAGCUGACGGUGGGUGUGGGACCCCCAGUGCUGCUCUCCCUGGUGAUCGAUGAGUGCCACCACACGCACAAGGAAGCUGUCUACAACAAAAUCAUGCUGAAUUAUCUCCAGCGCAAGCUCAGUGGGCAGCAGGACCUGCCCCAGAUCCUGGGCUUGACCGCGUCCCCCGGCACCGGGGGGGCGACCUCCUUUGAGGGGGCUGUGGAGCACAUCCUGCAGAUCUGUGCCAACCUGGACACUGAGAAAAUCACGUCGGCGCAGGAGGAGCUGCAGCACCUGAAGAACCACGUCCCCCAGCCCCGGAAGCAGUACGACCUGUGCCAGGAGAGAGCGCAGGACCCCUUUGGGGAGCGGCUGAAGAAGGUGAUGAGGUGCAUCCAUCAGUACAUGGAGACGCCCAGCCUGUCCCAGGACUUUGGCACGCAGGUUUACGAGCAGCGCAUCGUGGAGCUGGAGAAGAGAGCCGCAGAGACCUUUUGUCGCAAGAGGCGGGUGUGCGCCCUGCACCUGCGCAAGUACAACGAUGCUUUGCUCAUCAACGACACGGUGCGGAUGAUCGACGCCUUCCAGUGCCUCCAGCAGUUCUACGCCGCCGAGAGGGACAUGAAGGACCCCACCGAGCAGUUCCUCGCCGCCAUGUUUGAGGAGAACAGGAUGACCCUGCAGGCGCUCGCCGGGGACCGGCGCUACGAGAACCCCAGGCUGGGCAAGCUGGAGGAGAUCCUGAGGGAGCACUUCCAGCCCCUGGGUGCUUCUCGUGGCAUUGUUUUCACCAAGACCCGGCAGAGUGCCCACAGCCUGCUCAGCUGGCUGCAGGACACGGCCGCCCUCAACGGGCAGCACAUCAGGGCCGCCGUCCUCACCGGCGCCGGCUACAGCAACCAGACCAGGCACAUGACACAGAACGAGCAGCAGGACGUGAUCAAGCAGUUCCGCGAGGGAACCCUCAACCUGCUCUUCUCCACCAGCGUGGCCGAGGAGGGCCUGGAUAUCCCCGAGUGCAACGUCGUGGUCCGUUACGGGUUGAUGACCAACGAGAUCGCCAUGGUGCAGGCCCAGGGCCGUGCCCGCGCUGAGAACAGCGUCUACUCUGUCCUCGCCAAAGCCAACAGCAGAGAGGUCUCCCGUGAGCUGCUCAACGAGAACCUGGUGGAGCUCAUGGAGAGGGCCAUCAGGGCGGUGCAGGCCAUGCCCGAGCAGGAGUACCGCCUCAAGAUCAGGGAGCUGCAGCGAGUGGCGGUGGCCAGCUGGCUGCUGAAGGAGGCCAGGAUCAGCGAGAGGAGGCAGCUCCAUGACCCCGAUGACGUCUACCUCUACUGCGUCAACUGCCACACGGCCGUGUGCCGCGGCAGCGACCUCCGCACCGUGGAGGGCAUGCACCACGUCAACGUCAACCCCAACUUUGGGCUGUAUUACAGAGUUUCCUCUGGGAAACUGCAGUUCCAGCGGACAUUCAAGGACUGGGAGCCCGGCUGUCGCAUCGUCUGCAGCGGCUGCAGCCAGGACUGGGGGAUGGAGAUGAUCUACCGGCAGGUGAAGCUGCCCAUCCUCUGCAUCAAAAACUUCGUGGUGGAGACGCCGGCUGAGAAGAGGAGGUACAAGAAGUGGAGCGCCGUCACGUUCCCUAUCAAGGAGUUUGACUACCUGGAGUACUGCUCCAGCAUCCACAACCAGUCCUUCUAGCGCGGGCCCUGCUCAGAAGAGGACUAUUCCCUGGGGACGGCGGGACCCUUCCUGUCACCCUCGGCUUGAGACCUCCUCUCCAGGUCCCCACAGACCAAUGUCAAGGCUCAUUCCCAUUUUCUUCUCUGCACUGAGCUGCCACAGCACAUCCCUCGCCGGAGCCCGUGACUGCAGGAGGGAGAAGGAUGGGACACGGGGAUGGGAAAGCACCCGAGUCCUUCCCUGCCCGCUGGCAGGCUCGGGGGGUGUAGGGGGGUGCAGGGGGGUGCCUCCUCAGCCCCUUUGCCACCCUGCCAGGUGACCCAGCCAUUUCACAUGGGCCCAGGACACAGCCUGGUGUUUCUUGGGCACCUUCCAUCUGCUUUGCGAGUUCCAUGGUCCUCCAUUAAAAACA